AUGCCGAAAUCGAACUUUCCAUCCUAUUACUUGUUCAUCGUAGGUAUUGAUACAUCUUAUACAGAAUGGAUAUUCCAUGGCGAGGAGAAAACUUUGCCAGACGCCACAUUUUUUAACAAAGAAGGUGAUGAUGCCUAUAACUACAAUGACUACAUUGAUGAUGCAGACAAGAUGUUAGAUGACAUCCGUGUGGGGUCCUUUAUGGAUAAUUCUGGUAGAACAGAAUAUAACUCAGACGCAGGGUCUUCACAACACACCUCAAAUACUCCAAUACACCUUAAUUUCAACGAGUUGCUAGACGAUGCAAGAAAGCCACUUUAUCCAACCUACACAGAGUUCUCAAAGCUAUCAUUCAUAGUCAAGUUGCUUCACAUAAAGACAGUUGGUGGUUGGACUGUGAAGUCAUUUGAUAUGGUUAUAAAGCUUUUGCAAGCAACAUUUCCUGAGGCUCAGUUCCCUGCCUCAUAUAACGAGGCUCGCUGCUUACAACGUGGUUUGGGCUUUAGUUACACAAAGAUAUAUAUAUGCCCAAAUGAUUGUGCCUUGUUUUGGAAGGAUCAUGCUGAUAAAGAUGAGUGCCUUAAAUGUAAUGCAUCUAGGUGGGCCUCAAGCACAACUAACCAACAGAGGAUACCCCAAAAAGUCCUCCACUAUUUUCCUUUGAAGCCACAGUUGCAAAGGCUAUUUAUGUCAAAGAAGACUGCCCAAGCCAUGAGAUGUCAUGUAGAAGAGCGUCUUGAUGAUCCCAACUUCAUGAGAUAUCCAGUUGAUUCUAGGGUAUGGAAAGACUUCGAUAACAAAUAUGAUUGGUUUGCCCAAGAUCCUCGUAAUGUCAGACUUGGUCGAGCAAGUGAUGGGUUCAACCCAUUCAAUAACAUGAGCAAACCAGACAGCAUUUGGCCAGUGCUACUUGUGCCUUACAACUUGCCCCCUUGGUCAUGCAUGAAAGAUCCAUACUUGAUGAUGUCGUUGUUAAUCCUUGGACCAAAAGCACCGGGAAAUGAUAUUGACGUGUUCCUGCGUCUCCUAAUAGAUGAGUUGACAGAACUAUGGGAAGAGGGAAUUCGUACAUAUGAUGCAUACAAACAAGAAUCGUUUCAUUUGAGGGCAGCGUUGCUCUGGACCAUCAAUGAUUUUCUUGCAUAUGCAAAUCUUUCAGGCUAG